AACUGCAAGAAGUACAUAUUUGUCUACAUGACUUGUGUUGCAGUGGCAACUAAGGUAAAAGUCACUGGGAUUUGAAUUUAGGUCUUUGUGAACAUAACUGCAUGUGUCGCUUAUCUAAUAUUUUGUUAACUAUACUUAACUUUUAUAAAUAGGUCAUGAAGUUGGACACUGAGACAAAGGAGAGGACUGAAUGGAGUGAGGAGAACUGCUGGCCAUCAGAGCCUGUGUUCAUUCCAAGACCCAAUGGAGAAGGAGAUGAUGAUGGUGUGGUCUUGACAACAGUCAUCAACUCCAAUCCAGGGGAAUCUGGCUUCAUCUUAGUGCUGGAUGCAAAGUCUUUCAAGGAGGUAGCUCGAGCAUAUGUGAAUGCAGAGCUUCACAUGGACAUGCAUGGAUACUUCAUCCCAAAGGAAAAUGAGUCUGACAAAGCAAUUAUUUACUCAGAGAGUAGUCUACUACCCUCUACAAAGAAAUAGACACCAUGGGAAACAAUAUGGAUAGUAUUAGAAACUCUAAAUACCAAAGUGCCUUGUAAAUAUUUUCUAAACAAUGUGCUAGUAUUGCUACAUUUUGCACAACACAUGAUGUGAGCAGUUAUCUGUGGACUAAUGCCAGUGUAGUCUGUAGUCUUAUCUCAAGGGAAACCAUAAUAGGUAUCCUCAAAACCAUCUACCUAUCAAUAUACCAUGAAAUAUUUUUAGGAAAUGUUUGUUUUGCUACCUAUUUAAUUAUGUGAUUGGUGUGUUAUAUACUUAUGUAUUUUUUUGUCCUGUAUAGGAUUGUCAAGGAAAACCCUUAUAAUACAAAUUAUUGUACCAUUUAUUAUUGUUUUAAUUAGGCCAAUAAACAAUGUGUGAAAAGGGUGAUGGUUGUCUCCAGUCCACGA